AUGCCAGAGUCUUGCUACCAGGUUCUUGCACAGGACUGUACUGAGGAGCUGAAAUUCAUGGUCCUACAAAUGAAAGACUCCUCCCGGCAGAACCACCUUAAUGUGAAGAUUGCUGACAUAGACAUUGAUCUGUACCCAAAGGAGAGUGAGGUGCAUGUUAAGGUCAAUGGAAUGGUAAUACCUCUCACGAGCCUGCCAUACCAGCAUCCAACAACUUCCAUUGAGAUCAGAGAAAAUGAGGAGGGAGUUUCUGUGUAUGCAGCCAGCCACGGGCUUCAUGAAGUCUAUGUGAACAAGACCUCUUGGAGGAUUAAAAUCACUGACUGGAUGAAAGGCAAGACCUGUGGGCUCUGUGGAAAGGCUGACGGGGAAGUGAGGCAGGAUUAUCGUGCACCCAAUGGACGCUUGGCUAAGAACUCUGUCAGCUUCGCUCUUUCUUGGAUUUUACCAGCAGAAAGCUGCAAAGAUUUCUCUGAGUGCCGAAUGAAGUUUGAAUCUGUCCAGCUGGAGAGGAAGGUUAAUGUCCAUGGUCAGGACUCCACAUGCUUCUCUGUUGAACCCGUGCUGCGUUGUCUGCCUGGCUGCUCUCCAGUUAAAACCACCUCUGUCAAUGUUGGUUUCAAGUGCUUUGCUGCUGAUUCUACUUUGGAUCCCAGUAACAUCUUUGACAGCAGUGUUGACCUGAGGGACUCUACAGAGGCUCACCUUGCCUGCAGCUGCAAUGCACAAUGUUCUUAA